GGGAGGGAGAACCAGACAGCUGGACACGACUUCUCCUGUCAGCCCAUCAAUAUUCUGUGUCUAUUGAUUCCGGAUCUGUUUGACCAAGAUGAAGAGUCUUUUUCUCCUGGUGCUGCUCUGCAGUGCUGAGCUGAUCUCCUCUUUUGCUGUUCCUGCAAAUGUGGAAGUGCAUGCAGAUUCUGCAGCGCAUGCAAAUUGUGCAGCGGAUGCAGAUUCUGCAGCGCAUGCAAAUUGUGCAGUGCAUGCAGAUUGUGCAGCGCAUGCAGAUUGUGCAGUGGAUGCAGAUUGUGCUGCGCAUGCAGAUUCUGCAGAGCAUGCAGAUUGUGCAGCAGAUGCAGAUUCUGCAGAGCAUGCAGAUUGUACACCAAAUGCAGAUUGUGCAGCAGAUGUGGAAGUCAAGGACUGGGGUGCCUACUGCAACGCUACCUUCCCAGGGCUGUGUGAGACUCAGUCUUACUCUGAUGGAUGCCAUAGAUACACAUUCCACAGACAUGCCGUUAGCUUCUCUUGUGCUGAGAUCCACUGUCAGCAUAGUCACUGUGGCCACCUGGCUUCUGUUAACAAUCAUUGCAUUAACCAUGCCCUCACCUGCUUGAGUGUUCAGUGCAACCAUGCGCUUACAACGUGGAUAGGAGGCCAAAUGACAUGCAGGGGGUUUCAGUGGACUGACGGCUCCUGCUGGAGAUACCAGAACUGGUAUUACGGUUGUCCAAGAAGCUGUGGCGGUUCAUGUGUGGUACUUAACUGGGGAGCGACCGGAAAGUGGUGCAAUCGUCCGUGCUGUGAACCGCGCCCCUUUAUUUGUAAGGGGAGGCGCUAAGGCAUGAAGACUCUUCCAGGUUCCUCCACGCUACGCUUGGCAGUUGUAUAAAACGGAGCUCCCUCCUACGUCAGACUUUAUUGGAACCACCGGUCCGUCACUCUAAAGUAUGGUCUAAAAACAACAAAUCUUGAUAAAAAAAGAGGAAGUAGCUUGAAAUAUCAUUGUGUGAACGCUUUCUGUUUUACAUUUUUGUGUGUGAUGUGUUUUUGGUAUUCCAUCCCAUACUACUUAAGAUUUUAGUUCUAUACAAAGUAACGACAGUACCGCACAGCCACCGACAGGGGGCAGUGAAACAAAGCGCUUAGCUUUGAAGAUGAAGAUUCGAGGUUAUUCAAGGUUUUAAAACACACACACACGAUAUUUUCAGAUCCUUUCUCUUUAUCGUUGCUCUAAGGCAUUCUUGUGAUCAAAUACAAUUGAGAAGAGGGGCUCCCAAGCAUAAAGACAAGGCUUCAAAUCACA